AUGAUGGCAUCGUCGAACGCGCUUUCGCUUAUUUGCCUUGUGGUUCUUCUCAUCAAUCUUGUCAAUGCUCAGGAUCAAACAGGAUUCAUUAGCAUAGAUUGUGGAUUACAACCGGAGAAUUCGAGUUACACGGAAACAUUGACGGGUUUAAAGUAUGUUUCGGAUUCGAGUUAUACGGAUAAAGGAACCAGCAGUUCCGUGGCGCUUGAGAAUAGAGGAAAUCUGAUGCAGAGCAUGUGGUCUGUUAGAAGUUUUCCAGAUGGAAUCAGAAACUGUUACACGAUUGCGGUUAGUAACAGUACAAAGUAUUUGAUCCGGGCGGCUUUUAUGUACGGAAACUAUGAUUCGAGAAAUGAGUUACCGGAAUUCGAACUUCACUUGGGUUCAAACAAAUGGGACACUGUUAAAUUGGAGUCUUCUCUGAAAGUAGCGUCCAAGGAGAUCAUAUAUUAUGUGUUGACAGAUACAUUACAAGUGUGUUUAGUAAAUACAGGAAACGGGUCGCCUUUUAUAUCGGUCUUGGAACUUAGACCGUUGCUGAAUUCCUCUUAUGCAACUCAAUCGGAUGCUGAGUCACUCCAGCUCUAUCAACGGUUGGAUUUCGGGUCAUCGCCAAAUCAAACAGUCAGAUUUCCAGAUGAUGGUUUUGAUCGAAUAUGGUCACCAUCUACGCCAGUUGGAUCGAAGCAGUUAAGCUCCUCCUCGGCUUCUCUCUCACGGAACAGUACCAAUAAUUUCCGUCUUCCACAAGUUGUAAUGAGAACUGCAGUUAUACCAGAAACCGCGAGCGGGUCUGUAGACUUUGGAUGGACUCCAGAUGAUCCUUCUCUUGAGUUUUACGUUUUCAUGUAUUUUAUGGAAUUUCAAGAACCGAAUUCCAAUUCCGGAGAAAGAAGAGAAUUCGUUAUUUUCUUGAAUGGAGAGGCUUUUUCGCCACCGUUCAAUGUUACUUACUUGCGGACCACAGCUUUGUUCUCUGUAAGCCCUUUGAGUGCAGAGAGUUUCGAGUUUUCCAUUCGUCGGACUCGGGAUUCAACUCGUCCACCUCUUAUCAACGCUAUGGAGACUUACUUUGCAAAGAAAUUUCUGCAAUCUUCCACGAAUCAAAACGAACUUUCCGCUAUGAGUAAUAUUAAGUCUGCAUAUAAAGUCAAGAAAAACUGGGAAGGAGAUGUUUGUGUGCCUCAAGCUUACACAUGGGAAGGUGUGAAUUGUAGCUACAGUGGCACAAGCAUGCCUAGAGUAAUAGCUUUAAACUUGUCAUCCGCCGGAUUGACAGGAGAGAUAGUGUCUGAUAUAUCGCGUCUUUCACAGUUGCAAAUUCUGGACUUGUCAAAUAACAAUUUGACUGGACCAAUACCAGUUUUCUUAGCUCAACUUCAAUUCCUGAGAGUCCUAAAUUUGGCAAACAACCAGCUAAGUGGUCCUAUAUCGUCAGCUUUCAUGGAAAGAAAAGACAUUAUCAACGGGAAUCCAAGUAUUUGUACUGAAACUGCGUGUGAAGAGAUCGAACGAAAUAACUCAAAGAAGAAGAAACUUCCCGGCUUUGUUAUUCCAUUAGUUGCAUCACUUGCAGGGUUGUUUCUUAUUGCCAUAUUUGUAGCUAUACUCUUUAUCUUCAUGAGAAAGAAAAAACAAGGUCGAAUGAUCCAGAGGUCUAUUACAGCUUCGAGUAAUGGACUGUCACUCCAAAGGAGAGAUACUGGUUCAAUGCGUCCAUCGUUGCAGCGAAGAGAAACCGGUUUCUCAACACGUCCAUCUUUACAAAGGAUAGAAAGCGGAAUGACGGAUUACGAAGGAAAUGAAACAGCUGUUGUUGAUGCGUUUGAUUUGGAACCGGCUAAUCGGAAAUUUGCAUACGCCGAGAUUGUGAAUAUCACAAAUGGGUUUGAGAAAGAUCAAGGGAAAGUAGGAUUUGGGAGGAACUACCUCGGACAGUUAGAUGGUAAAGAAGUAACUGUCAAGCUUGUUUCUUCAUUGUCUUCUCAAGGCUACAAACAACUCAGAGCAGAGGUCAAACACCUUUUCAGAAUUCAUCAUAAAAACCUUAUAACCAUGCUUGGUUAUUGCAAUGAAGGCGAUAAACUAGCGGUUAUCUACGAGUACAUGGCUAACGGAAACUUGAAACAACAUAUCUCAGAGACCAGUUCAACUGUCUUUAGCUGGGAAGAUAGACUUGGAAUCGCUGUUGAUGUCGCACAAGGACUUGAGUAUUUACAUACUGGCUGCACGCCGCCGAUCAUUCAUAGAAACGUCAAGUGUACAAAUGUAUUCUUAGACGAAAAGUUCAAUGCGAAAUUAGGCGGUUUUGGCCUUUCAAGAGCAUUUGAUGCUGCAGAAGGAAGUCAUUUGAAUACAGCUAUAGCCGGGACUCCUGGAUAUGUCGACCCUGAGUACUACACAUCAAACAUCUUAACAGAGAAGAGCGAUGUGUACAGUUUCGGUGUAGUUCUAUUAGAGAUUGUUACUGCGAAACCCGCGAUCAUAAAAACUGGGGAAAGGAUGCACAUAAGUCAAUGGGUUGAGUCUUUGCUCUCUAGAGACAACAUUGUAGAGAUUCUUGACCCGAGUCUCUGCGGGGACUACGAUCCAAACUCUGCGUUUAAGACCGUGGAAAUAGCCGUGGCUUGCGUUUGUCGAAACUCUAGCGAUAGACCCGGAAUGAGUCAAGUGGUGACAGCUCUUAAAGAGAGUUUGGCUGUAGAAAUUGAGAGGAAAAAAGAUUUGCCGGUUGUAUCAACGGAUUCAAUCGAAGUUCUUGCUCUUGGCUUUGGUUCUAAUCCACCUCCUCGUUUGAGAUGA